ACGAAGAAGUGUGUGCAAAGAACAAACAGCUAAUUGCUUUUCUGCUACACACUGUUCCUGUUCCUUUGCUGAUGUUUUUGUUGGCAAAAACGGGAAGUGGCUAAUCAAUUUUAUUUAAUACGAAAAGUAUUACUAUUUAAUGCCAUAUUAAAGGAUAUUUAUAAAAAAUCAUAUAAAAAAAAUCGCCGAAAGUAUUCGGACAGGACUGCUGUUGGAGACAAUUCUCAAACGCCGCAAUUGGAUUAAAUAGGAUUAACGACAAAGAACACAACGCAAACAUAUCAAAAUGAAUUGGAUAAAACUGAUAUCAGCGACAAUACUAACGCUCUUUGUCAUUGUCAAUGAGGUCCACAGUUCCGGUUUGUUCGAAUUACGUUUACGUUAUUUCAACAACGAUUACGGUCGCGACAGUGAGGGCAAUUGCUGUAGCGGCAUUUCCGAUCCGCAAACAGGCAAAUGUAUCGGUACAUGUAAGACACGGUUUCGCGUUUGUCUCAAACACUAUCAAGCCAAAAUCGAUACGACAUCACAGUGUACGUUCGGUGACGUUGUGACGCCGGUACUCGGAGAGAACUCGGUAAACCUAACGAAUACGCAAAAAUUCAAAAGCAAAGGCUUCACGAAUCCCAUACAGUUCGCCUUCAAUUUUGCAUGGCCGGGCACGUUCACACUGAUCGUCGAGGCAUUGCAUGACACAAAUAACAGCGCCAAUACGCGCUCAAGCAGUAUACUAAUCCAGCGCUUAUCGCUGCAACAAGUACUCGAAGUAUCACCCGAGUGGAAAACGAAUAAAAGCGAAGCCCAAUACACCUGGUUGGAAUACGAUUUUCGCGUUACCUGCGAUGCGCAUUACUAUGGAGCUGGCUGUGCGAAUUUGUGUCGACCACGUGAUGAUCCCUUCGGACAUUACACCUGUUCGGAAAGCGGUGAAAUCAUCUGCUUGACUGGCUGGCAGGGCGACUAUUGUGAUAAAGCUGAGUGCACGAAAGGCUGCGAACACGGUCAUUGCGACAAGCCCAAUCAAUGCAUUUGUCAAACAGGCUGGAAGGGACCGCUCUGCAACGAAUGCGAACCUUACCCGGGUUGCGUGCAUGGCACUUGCAACAAACCAUGGAAGUGCAUCUGCAAGGAGGGCUGGGGUGGUCUGCUCUGCAAUCAGGACUUGAACUACUGCACCAAUCAUCGUCCUUGUCAAAACGGCGGCACCUGUUUCAACACCGGUACGGAUCUGUACACCUGCAAAUGCCCACCAAACUUCACCGGCACCGAAUGUCAGAAUGAGAUCACCUCAUGCAAGGAGGGUAAUCCCUGUCAAAAUGGCGGCGCCUGUCACGAUGAAGUCUCAAAUCGCGGUUACAAGUGUGAGUGUUUGAAGGAUUGGGGCGGCCCAUUGUGUGAAGAGAAAGUAAUUACUUGCUUAGACAAACCCUGUCGUCAUGGCAGCUGUCGCAACACCACGAAAGGAUUCCAAUGUGACUGCCCCAGCGGCUAUAGCGGACGCAUUUGUGAACUUCAUGUGGACAACUGUAAUCCGAAUCCCUGCCAGAAUGGUGGCAGCUGUUUCAUGACCUCGUCUGGCAAUCACAAGUGUCAGUGUCGCAGCGGUUUUACUGGCAGCAUGUGUGAGCAAAAUAUCGAUGAUUGUCAGGGCAAUCCCUGUCAUAACGGCGGCACUUGCAUUGAUAUGAUCAAUCAAUUUCGUUGUCAAUGCGUGCCCGGCUACUUGGGUUCACUAUGCUCUGAUAAAGUGGAUUUAUGUUUGACCAAACCUUGCGCCAACGGCGGUACUUGCACAAACUUGAACAACGAUUACAAAUGCACAUGUCGCGCCGGCUUCACAGGUAAAGAUUGUUCCAUUGACAUUGACGAAUGCAUAUCGGCGCCCUGUCGCAACGGUGGCACCUGCGUGAAUCGCGUCAACAGUUUCCAUUGCGUUUGCGCCAACAACUUCCACGGCAAACAGUGCGAGGAGGAGUCAUACGCGUCUGCGUCGUACAACGCACGCCAGUACGAGGUCACGCCACAGGCACGCAGCGAUGGCUUGACUAGUGGACAGGUCUUUCUCAUAGCCAUACUAUCGGUCGCUAUGCCGGUGGUGGCGGUGAUCGCAGCGUGCGUAGUGGUCUGCAUGAAGCGCAAGCGUAAACGCGCGCAGGAGAAAGACGAUGCCGAGGCGCGCAAGCAAAACGAACAGAAUGCGGUGGCGACGUUACAUCACAAUGCGAAUGUUGGCGGUGGCAUGGGUGUUAUGAGCGGCGUGGUAGGUGGUGUUGGUUUGGGCGUCAAGCGCACCUCAUCCUCUGGUCUGACAUUCGACAACUCCAAUCCGAACAUCAUCAAGAAUACCUGGGACAAAUCGGUGAACAACAUUUCAGCGUCGGCGAGCACAGAUGAUUGCCUCAACACUUCGUUAUACGGCAGCGCGUUAGCCAACUACGCAGCAGACAACAACGCCAAUUCGGAAUUCUGCGGCGUCGGUCAAAUAGCACCAUUGCAACGCGCCAAAUCACAGAAACAACUCAACACAGAUCCCACACUAAUGCAUCGCGCCUCACAAUUGUUGCAUAGUGCCGCAAGCGCCGUAGCUGGUGUAAGCGCUGCUGCUGUAGCUGCUAACGCUGCCGGUGCUGGCAUGAGCGGUGUGGUUGGCGCUAAUGGCCCUGUUGGCGGUGUUGCAACCAAAGAGUAUGCCGUGCAUGGCAGCGGCGCUGGCGAAGGUAAACGCAUCUCAGUGCUGGGCGAAAGCGCCUACUGCAGUCAACGGUGGCCAUCGCUGGCGGCAGCUGGUGUGAAUGGCGGUUGCGCGUCCCAAAUGAUGGCUGCCUCGGCGGCGGCGUCAGCGGGGAGCAGUGCCGCGGCGUCGGCUGCGCAUCAACAGCAGCAACAGGCGCGCGCCGUAAUGUGCGGCACGCCGCAUAUGUGAGCACAUCGCGCAGGUGAGCAGUUUUUGGCUGUGGCGUCAAUUAAGCGGCGCGUGCGCGGCCGCGGUAUGACGCGUGUGCGCACGUUUUUGGCGCGCUGGUGGGGGCACGCUUAACGCGCUGUUGUAUAUUUGCUACGAAAUCUCUUAAAAACACACACACAUAUAUAUUUUUAAAUUUUCUUAUUAUUUUAUUAUUUGCAAAUAUUUCGCCGCUGUGUAAAUGCAAGAAUAUUAGAGCGAAAAUGUGCUGCUACCUUCUCAAUUAUAAAUAGUAAUAUUUUCUUGUAAAUUUUCGCUAUUGAAAUGGACUGACGUUGAUAAGGAAUUUAUUGUAAAAAGCCGUAUAAAUAAUUAACAAUAAUUAGGCUUAAGUAAUUUAGUUGUGCGCA